AAAUAUUUGGCGUAUCAGAACAUAGAGCUACUCCCAGCCAAGGAAGGAAGUCCCCUCUCUCUCUCUCUCUCUCCAUCUCUGGAAAGAAAAGGACCGAUUUUUAUAAGCCGCCGGUGAUCUCCAUGAUCAUGUAAUGAGUUUCUCUCUCCUGUCUCUUAGCCUGUAAAGAAAAACUCACUGUGAAACCGGCGAGGAGAAAGUGAAGCAAUUUUGCAAGGCGAAGCCAUUGUUGUCAGAAAAAUAAGAGAAAGAUGACGCCUUUUAUUUCAUUUUGGUGAUCCGAUUCUCUGGUUUUGCAAGGAUCGCAUUGGAUUUGUUCCCUUCAGCUUUUCAAUCUUUUUGCCCUGAAGAGAAAAAAGAGGCAACUUUGAAGAACUUCAGUCACUCUGCACAAAUAAUCUCCGUGAAGAACUCCAUUAAAAAAUCCAAAUGAAAUUAUUUUGGAAUUUCAUAAAUUUAUUGGAGCUUAGUCUUUAUCUCGAGCAACCAAAUGAAUCCAUUAUUGGAAAGAUGUGAUGAAGACAACUUAAUGGUUUCUUCUCUGUCUCCCUGAUUCCAACAGUACUAAAUUUGAAAACCUAGCCGUUGAAAGAAACCCUAACCCUAACCAUAACUCUAACCUAAUGACUGGUAACCCCUCUCCCUCUGCAAAGCGUUCAAGUCCCAUCUCUUCUCUCUUUGUUUCCCCCAAGCUCUGUGUGAGUUUCUCCCCAAAAUCUUUCUCUGACUCUGAAGCUAUCAUGAGCCCAACCUCCAUUUUAGAAAGCAAGCUCUUCUCCGCCAUUAACAAACCUUUCUCCACCGAAAAAAGCCAUAGAAAACCUUACUGUGGCAACGAAGACUCCAGCGCCAUAGGUCUCGCUUUAGUUGAUUCUCUUACAAAGGAGAACUUGGAGAAGAAAACCUUAAACCGAAACAGCAGAAUGGUUCUGUUCGGAUCACAGCUUAAGAUUCAGAUACCCUCUGUAAAAACCAGUUCUUGUUCUUCAGCUGUGUCUGUUGAUCAAUCUCCUCGCACUCCGAUUGAAUUCGGAAUCAAAAAUAAAAAUUUGCAACUUGCUCUGCACUCUCCUGCUGCUCUGCAGCCUUCUCCUCCCAGAAUUUUUACAGGUCGUCUUUCUCCGAAGGAAAUGGAGCUUUCAGAGGACUACACUUGUGUGAUCUCUUAUGGACCGAAUCCGAAAAAAACUCACAUCUUUGACAACUGCGUCGUUGAGAGCUGCGAGGAAGGAGACGACUUUGUGAGAUGAUUAGUGAUCUGAGCGCCAUUAAUGAGAUUUCUUGCCAUUGUUAAAAGAGCUUUCUUUGCCCAGAGAAGGGAUAUUUUUCAUGUACAGGUAGAUUAUUGAGAAUCUUUUCAGUCUCUGUUUGUUGGGGAUUUCUGAUUUUGUUCAUGAUUGAUUGGAGUUUUUGCGGACUGGCUGAUUGAA